AUGCUUUUCUCCGCCUUCACCAUUAACACCACUGAGUCGACUUGCUCAUCAACAACAAUGAGCUGUUCAUCAUCCACUUUGAUUCUUCCUUCUGUCGUUACUAAGAAUGGAUUUCGAAGAUUCAGUAGUAAACAACAAUUGGAUAAGUCUAGGGUUUUUAUGACCAGCAUUUCCGUUGGAUCUCGAGCUGCUGCUUCUGCCGUCGUUGAUGAUGCGUUGUUUGCUGAUUAUAAGCCUACCAAUGCUUUUCUCUUCCCUGGACAGGGAGCACAAGCUGUUGGAAUGGGUGUAGAAGCUCAGAAGGUGCCUGCUGCGGCCGAAUUAUACAAGAGAGCAAAUGAAAUCAUGGGCUUUGACCUUUUGGAUAUAUGUAUUAAUGGUCCAAAAGAGAAGUUAGAUUCUACUGUUCUAAGCCAGCCAGCUAUCUAUGUCACUAGCUUAGCUGCGGUAGAGAUGCUCCGUGCUCGUGAGGGGGGUCAGCUAAUAAUUGAUUCUGUUGAUGUCACAUGUGGUCUGAGCUUGGGCGAAUACACUGCUCUGGCAUUUGCUGGAGCUUUCAGUUUUGAGGACGGGCUUAAGCUGGUUAAGCUUAGAGGAGAAGCUAUGCAGGAUGCUGCUGAUGCUGCAAAAAGUGCGAUGGUUAGUAUAAUUGGGCUGGAUUCUGAUAAGGUUCAGCAACUGUGUGAUGCAGCUAACGAGGAAGUUGAUGAAGCCAACAAAGUUCAGAUUGCUAAUUUCUUAUGCCCUGGAAAUUAUGCAGUCUCUGGAGGUGUUAAAGGAAUUGAAGCGGUAGAAGCAAAAGCAAAAUCAUUCAAAGCACGAAUGACGGUACGUCUAGCUGUUGCUGGCGCUUUCCACACAAGUUUUAUGAAUCCUGCUGUCUCUAGAUUAGAAACUGCUUUGGGUGCAACAGAGAUCAGAACUCCCAGAAUACCAGUAAUAUCGAAUGUAGAUGCACAACCACACGCAGAUCCAGACACGAUCAAGAAAAUAUUAGCUAGCCAGGUGACUUCACCAGUUCAAUGGGAGACCACAAUAAAAACUCUCCUAACAAAAGGGCUAAAGAAGAGUUACGAAUUAGGACCCGGAAAGGUUAUUGCCGGUAUUGUCAAGAGGAUGGACAGAGGUGCUGAAAUUGAGAACAUCGGUGCCUGA